ACAAGUCACUUUUUUCAGUGAUGAUGUAACUUUGAACGGUCACUAAAUGAACUGUUGUAAAUCGAGGACUGCUUGAACUAACUUAUCAAGUUGCCCUGUUGGAAUCCUGCAUACAUAAUGCUGCAAUGGCACCUCACCCAUUUUUAAAUACAUGAGAUACAAAAAAUGAAAGAGUAGCGGGAAUAAAAUGGGUACAUGUGAUAGGACUGGCUGUUAAAAGGAUUUAGUGAUGACUUCCUUGCUCUGGAUUAAAUUGUAUUGUAUCUUCUUUUAUAUUUCGGAGAACAAAACUAGCUUCCUUUAAGCUUCUAUUUUCAUUUGUGGGAAGAUUUUGUCCAGAAUCUUCCAUGGUUAAGGGUGAUUCUUUUAAAUCCUUUCUUUCUUUGGAUAUGCAUCAUGCGAUAAAAUGUAAUUAUUUCCUGAUUGGAAAAAUGAAAAAAAAAAGUCAAAUAAAUGACUUUAUUUAAACAUGAACAAUUUUUUUAAAAUUUCACAAUCAUCCCUUUGGAAUGAACUGCCCCAAGAUACGAAAUAUCCUUGAUCUCCGUGCUUUCCGCCGUGCCCUCAGAACCCUGAUGUUCCAACAAGCGGGGCUAAACAUAUGAACAUAUAUCUAUUUUAAAUACGAUGUAUUGAAAGACAAACCAUUGCUGAGGAAGCAAUGAAUGACCCAAGAUCUGCUGGGACAGAUCGGGAGCCGGGAGGAACAGAAAAAAACACUAGUGGAAUUCACCGCCAACAUAAGGCAGAGCAGCUGAGAUGGGGAGCGUCACAACAUUGCCGAUGGGAGACCUGUCACGGGAUGCAGGAGCGCUGGGAAGCCCAGCUCCAGCAGUUCCUGAAAUCUCUGCAGCCCAUUUUAGCAGGACGGGGAAGCUCUGGAACGUCCGAGGCUUCUCCCUGGGAGGACACUAAGGAGUUUCUGGCCUCCUUUGAGCAAGUGGCCAAAGCUUGCCGAUGGCCUCGGGACCAGUGGGCGGCCCACCUCCUGCCGGCCCUGAGCGGAGAAGCGGAAGAGGCCUUCCGAGAUCUGGAAGCCAGAGACCAGGAAAACUAUGAGAAAGUGAAGGCUGCCAUCUUACGAGGGGAAGCCCUGAGAACGGAGAGGCAGCGGCAGCACUUUCGGCAAUUCUGCUGCCAAGUGGUAGAGGAUCCCCGGAGGAUCCACAGCCAACUCCAGGAGCUUUGCCGCCAGUGGCUGAAGCCGGAGAAACGCACCAAAGAGCAGAUCCUGGAGCUGCUGAUCCUGGAGCAGUUCUUGGCCAGCCUCCCACCGGAGCUCCGGAGUUGGAUCCAAGCCAGGAGGCCGGAGUCGUGUUCCCAGGCGGUGGCCCUGGUGGAGGACUUCUUGAUGAGUCAACAGGAGGCCAAAACCAGGACAUCUCAGGGUCCAUUAAAAGAAGAGCCGGCGGACUUCCUAGUAGCCGAGAACGAGCCCCCGAAUGCCGCAAAGGGAGCAGUCUGUGAUGAACCUGAGCCAGAUGUGGAUGCCAAAUUGCUGGUCAAUGGAUUCAAACCUCCAGGUGUCUCUCUCUUGCUAACUCCUAAAGAAGUGAGCCAGACUGAUGGGAAAGAGGACUCCAGGGAUUUCAAGGAAACUGGAGGGUCUCUGCAAAUCGUCAAGCAGGGCCUGACCCAACCAGGCCUACAACAGACGAUGCUCUGGCAAGUCCUGCAGGAGGCCGACGACACCACAAACAGAGAUAAUUUGGGGAAUGAAAUGGGAAAUUACAUCAAAGUUGAGAUUUCUCAGGAUGGAGAAACUGAAAGAGAAGAUGCUUGCAGGAUGGAGCCGCAGACCAGCUACAGCCACGUGCCUGUAAAAGGCAAGAGGCUGGGAGGAAGAUCUGAGCCACAAGGAGCAUCGCCGCAAGGAGGAGCAGGAAAGGGAUGUAAUGAGCUGGCAGAAGUUCAUCGGAAGAGAUACCAGAGAACUCCCCUUCCGCAUUCCUUCCCUAGGGAGGGCAGCCAUGGGGUCCCGAAACCCCCCUCGAGCAAACCCCCCUCCCUAAAGAGACCCCGCACCAGUCCGGAGCACAGCGUGGUGUGGAAUCACUUUGAGUUGGAUUCAGAGGACCCCUGUUACGGCAUCUGCACUCACUGCAAGAGACGGAUCAGCCGAGGCAAGAACUCAAAACGUUUUUCAACGUCGGGGCUGCUGAAACAUCUGCAGCGGCAUCACGCCAACUUUGUCCCGGCUGUCAUUACCGCACCACGAACUGCGUUGCCGACUAGCAGAAAGGCGAAGGGACCUGUCCUGCCGCAGUGUUGGACGAAGAAGAAGUCAGCCGGGAAAAGGCAGGCCGGUCCAAAGCCUUCGGAAGUGACCUGUGCUGUUGAUCAGAUGGUGGCUUUGGACGACCAGCCUUUCCGCAUGGUGGAGGAUGCAGGUUUCCAACACCUCCUGAAGUUGCUUGCCCCUAAAUAUAAAAUCCCGUCCUGUGCCACCUUCAGCAGACCGAUCGUGCCCUCCCUGUAUCAGGCCUGCAGGGAGGAGGCCUUGGGGAUGCUUCAAACCCCAGGACCCCCUGCCAGUGUGAACGUGAGCUCCGAUGAAUGAAUGAGAGCCGGUUUUCUUCCUUCCUUUGAUAUAUAGUUGCUCCUGUGAGCACCUGUAGGGGACCGGUGUUGGUUGGUGGUAGGGUAAACGAUUUUAAUUCACGAUUUUAAUUCACUGAUGAAAUCCAGCACACCCCCAAAAUUGAAGUAAUAGGCAAACGUGUCAGCAAAAUGUAGAAAAGCAAUGGAAAAUGUGAAAUAAAUUAUGCCUUGUAUAUA